GUCACGCGAGUUGUGUUUGUUUUUGUGCUGCGACGCAAACAGCGCUUCACCCCACUGUCUUCCGUUGAUGCCGGCAGCGGUGCAGAACGGAAGCGGGACUCGAGGUCGAGUAUUAAAAGUAGCUUCUCGCGGAAGCAAAGAAUGAAUGAAUUCUUGGAGCCUGGAAAAAGGAUACGACCUGACUUAAAUAAAGAGGCUGCAGCAGAGUUGGCAUACAAAUUAUAUCGGCUGCCAGAAGUAACAGUUACUGAACUCAAUGGUUACGAUGAUAAAAAUUUCCACUUAAAGGUGAAACAUGUGGAUGAAGAGGCAGACAUUUGGUGCCAUGGAUAUGUCUUGAAAGUUAUAAAUUCACUGGACUCUACUGACACAUUAGCUAUUGAUGGACAGACUGAACUUCUUCUGUACUUGGAAGAACAAGGCUUUGUGUGCCCAGUACCUGUGAAAAAUGUAAAAGGAGGGUUUUACUCAAAGGAAACAAUUUCAGACAAAGAACAUGCUGUGAGAUUGUUGAAGUAUCAGCCAGGUUCCCUCUUUCACGAGAUACCAGUGACAAAUCAACUGCUACAACAAGCAGGCAAUUACAUAGCUCGGCUAGAUCUUGCCAUGCAGGGAUUUCAACAUACAGGAUUUGAGAAUCGCAAAAAUAUAUGGCUGUUACAGCAUUGUCCACUGGUACUGAAACUAUUGUUUGCUGUUCCAAAUGAGAAUAAUAAGAGUCUGGUAACAGAAGUUAUCAAGUCAUUUGAAGAAAUUGUUCUCAGAAAUCAAGAAAAGUUGGAGAAAGGGUUAAUUCAUGGUGACUUCAAUGAGCAGAACAUACUUGUUAGUAAAGGUUCUGAGGAUGAUAUCUGGGACAUAUGUGGAAUAUUAGAUUUUGGAGACAGUCAUGUAUCAUUCUAUAUAUUUGAACUUUCGAUUGCUGUUUGCUAUAUGAUUCUACAAGCAAAGGAACUUGACCCAUUCACUGCAGGAAGACAUGUUGUUUCUGGCUACACUAAAGUAAAAAGGCUUCCUGAAAGGGAACUUGAACUUCUGAAGAUCUGUGUGUGUGCACGUCUCUGCCAAAGCCUUGUAUUAGGUGCAUACUCAUACUCCAUAGAGCCAGACAGUUAUCUGUUGGUAACAGCAGCCCGUGGAUGGGACAUGCUCAGACUGUUGUGGAAUACAUCAGAUGAAAAGAUUAAUCAGCAAUGGAUAAGUGAAAUAACAGCACCACAGGGACCGUGAUUAUUAGUUGAGAUGAAACAUGUGUGUGUUCUGCUAAAAGUGCUUUAUUUUUCUGAAAAACUGAAGUGUUUUUUGUCUUAUAAGGCACAGCCUAAAAAUAAAACAUAAGUUUAGUUGCUUA